AUGUCAAAAGAGGGGGAAAGAGCAUCAGUGUUGAAGACCACUAAGGUUCGGACCAAGCUGAAGGGAGAUGGCAGCUGGAUGCAGAGACUCAGUGAACCUCAGUCUGAAACAGAGGAGGAGAAACCAUGGAUGGCAGAAGUCAGAGUGAAUCGACUGAAUGGAGCCCCUAUAGACACCAGCCCAGUGGCCUCUCCCACAUGCAAGACCCCUCCCUCCCCCACCAGACCUGCAGAAGAUGGUGUGUCAACAUCCAGCUUCACCAAGAGGCCUUCAGAGAGCUACAAGAGAAUAGCUCCUCACACAGUGCGUCCCACCUUAAACCUCCCAGUUCAAACUGAGGAGCAGCUUUCCCCAGAGGAGAAGGAGAAACGAGAGGAAGCAGCCAUGGAUGUGCUCAGGACUUCUUCAGCCCGACAACGCUCCUACGUUCUCUCAGCUGCCAAGAAAUACGAUUCUACAGAGAAACCACUAGAAACCUCCCUGACCCCAGAUGUUUCAUCUUUUGUGGCUAAAAGGGUGGUGAUCACAGACAAUGACGACUCUGUCUUCACUGAGACUCCCUCUGUCCCCAAAGAACCAGCUGCUCCAUCUGUGAAAGACGUCUCUCCUGUAUCCCCCGUCAUAGUUGACACCCCAGCAGUGAUUGGCCCUUCUGAGGGCAUGAAGCCAGGGUGUCCCAAAAUGGCUACUCCACUUCCUGAGUUGACAGUCGGGGUGAUGAAAAAACUGUCCCCAGAGAGGGGUGUCCCGUUGAGAGACAUCCCCCCAGUGUCCUCUGUAUUAGUGUCCCCUGUCCCAUGUAACCCAGUGAAGAAGAAUCCUGCCCCAGUGGACACACUGACAGCCCUGUCUGACACACUCAUCUCCUUCGACACAGGUUCAUCCAGUCUAGAACAGGAGUUGGUAAAACCCAUCCCUCCCAUCCCAGGAUCUUGGAGUCAGGAGCUUCUCAGUGGAUCAGACAGGCUCAGUUAUGCCGAGUCCGAGGAGGAAGAGGAGGAGCCGAGAGACGAGAAGCCACACAGUGUGAAUGAAAAUGUGUUGGAGGCCCUUGAAGACGACUUUAUCCCCAUCAACACAAACACAACAAGUGAGGAGGAGGAGCCUGAGGAGCAGAAUCAACAGGUGUCCCUGGUUACGGUUCAGAAACAUUCUAGCUCCUACUCCAGGACCUUGGACAGUUCUGCCAACCAGAGACCCACGUCACCAGACACCGAGUCCAAGAAGGGUUUUGUGUAUCUGAAGGAGUACGUUAACGCUACAGACCUAACCAAGCACAACACCAGAGACAACGUUUCUGACUAUGUAACGUCUAGUUCUACCAGCUAUUCCCACAGCAGCCCCUCCUCUUACACCAGGACUACCACGACGUCUGCCUGUACGUACUGUGGAGAGCAGGUGGGCAACGAUGCCAAGAUCACCAUCGAGCACCUCAACAUCUCCUGCCACCCGGCCUGCUUCAAGUGUGGUGUUUGCAGUAAGCCAAUGGGAGACUUUCUGUACAACAUGUUCCUGCACAAAGGGACAGUCCACUGUGAGAGCUGCUACACCAACGUCUUGUAGAUUGCUUCUUCCCCUUGUCUCCUCGUCUCUUUUCCUUCAUGGCCACAGAGGUGACAAGACUGGAAGGCUGAUAUAACUGCUCUCUCCUAUCAAGACCUGUCGUCUGCUAACAGACAGGGGACACUGCACCUUUAAUUUGACAGGAAUUUCCAUGUGUCACAUUUUGUUUUCAGACCUUUGUAUGGGUCCUACUGAAUUGAAUGAGGUUAACACUGAAAUACUAUGGCAGUUAUUCUAUGGUUUAGGGUUGGUAAAGAUAAUAAUAUGAUCAUAUUACUGAUAUAGUUGAAUCUUCCGUCCGUUUCAAUGGCCACUUUUUCUGUUGCCUUUUUCUCCUUUAAAGGCCCAGUGCAGUCAAAAACAUGAUUUCCUGUGUUUUAUAUUUCCACACUAUGAGGU